GCACCACAGUCGCCACCGACUAAUAACUGCAUUUAAGGAGAGAAGAGCGCCGCCUGUAGGAAGACUGCUGCUCAGUUAUGCCAAAACAGAUGAUUAUCAUUAUGACUUAGUCAACUGUGUCUGACAUCAUGGCGGGGCUGACUCUGGGCAUGCGCAGUGCGCACAUGCACGUCGUCUCAGCAUCUCCUCGCUGAUGACAAAGGAUCCUUCGGAGGAACGCGCCGCGCGUGGCCGCGUCCUCUGCGCUCGUGCUGCUGCAGAGAGAAACAGACAGGUGCGAGAGACGGGACGCCGGUGUGUCGGUAGGAUGCGCGGGGCGGACAGCAGCAGCAGCUCGACGUGAUCGUAGGGUCGGUACCGACAGGGCGGAGCAGCCGCAGCGUAGUAGUGCGAGGAGCAGACCGGAGACAUGAGCUGCAACUGGGGCGCCGAGCUGUGGGAUCAGUUUGAUAAUCUGGAGAAGCACACCAGCUGGGGAAUCGACUUUCUGGAGAGAUACACCAAGUUUGUUAAAGAGAGAGCCGACAUUGAGCUGAGCUACUCCAAACAAAUCAGGAGUCUGUCCAAGAAGUACCACCCUAAGAGAAGCAGAGAGGAUGAGAGCAGGUACACCUGGUGUUUGGCGUUUGCUGCGACUCUCCGGCAGCUAAAUGAAGUCGCAAUUCAGAGAGAAGAACUUGCGGAAAACCUGAAUAGACAGAUUGUCUGUGAGCUGACACGAUACAUCCAGGAGCUGAAGACCGAGAGGAAAACGCAUUUCCAAGAUGGCCGCCGUGCCCAGCAGCACAUUGAGAGCUCCUGGAAACAGCUGGAGUCUAGUAAACGCCGGUUUGAGCGUGACUGUAAGGAGGCUGAGCGAGCUCAACACGUCUCCGACAGAGUCGACCUUGACAACAAGACGGAUGGAGAGAAGCGCUGCUCACUAAAGGCUCGACAGACAGCUCAGCAGAAAAAACAAGCAGCUGAAGAGUCUAGAAAAGAAUAUGUGACCAGCUUAAACCAGUUUAACCAGGACCAGCACCAGCACUACCACACGCUGGUGCCAGUUAUAUACCAGCGCAUCCAGGACAUGGAGGAACGGCGGAUCGAGAGAAUUGGGGAGGCGAUGCGUUUGUCAGCGGAAGCCGAGAGAAAGGUUCUUCCUGUUGUGAAACGCUCUCUGGAUGCCAUGAUGGAUGCUGCUGAGAGCAUCCAGCCCCGAAUGGACACCCGUCAGGUGGUGGAGGUGUAUAAAUCGGGCUUUGACCCUCCAGGUGAUGUAGAGUUUGAGGACUACAGCACCACCAUGAGGCGAAGCAUCUCUGAGUCCAGUUACCUUGACAACCGGACUGAGGGGCGGAGACACAGCAGGAAGCUGUGGCCCUUCAUACGUAAAAACAAGCUGUUGACCCUCCUCUCCUCCCCCCGGCAACCGCCGCCUCCACCCCCGACCUCGCCUUCACCUGGAGGUGUGACCAACAGUCCCCAGUCCCCACCGCCUGCCUCCAAAGAACCAAUCACACAGCGGCUGAAUGACCUCAUGACCUCUGGCUCCAGAACCAGGAAGCAGUGUCUGCGCAGCCUCAAGAGAGGGCUGUCACUCAAACUGGGCUCCAGUCCUGCAGACUGCAGUCAUCUACCUCUUGAACAGAGACGCAAAAAACUCCAAACCAGAAUCAGCAACAUCAGCCAGGAGAUCCAGAGAGAGAGGGAGCAGAGAGAUGCUCUGCUGAAGAUGAGGGAGGUUUAUGAACGAAGUCCUCAGAUGGGCGAUGCCAGCAGCGUGGAGCCUCGACUGGAAGAAGUGAAGCAGAGUCUGCAGAGACUGGAGGACGAGCUGAGGAGGAACCAGGCGUGGUUAUCGGAGGCCGACAGCAAACUGUCUGAUCACAGCAGUACAAGACAAGGUGGAGGUUGUGGCUUAAAUUCCCACACAACAACGCCAGGCAGCAGCAGCCUGAAGCAGCUGGACAACCGCAGCCCAGCCAGCAGAGAGAGUCCUGAUGGCAGUUACACUGAGGACCACGGCGCUGAGCUUCACUUUAAGUCUCGUAGUUCAGAGUUCGAUGAUGACUUUGAUGAUGAAGAACUGUUGCCGAGUAUUGGCACCUGCAAGUCUCUUUACCCAUUUCAAGGUCAAAAUGAAGGCACACUGUCAAUGGUGGAGGGAGAACUACUUUCUGUGGUGGAAGAAGACAAAGGAGAUGGUUGGACCAGAGUACGAAGGAACCUGGAUGAAGAGGGAUAUGUCCCCACGUCCUACAUCAAAGUCUUCCUGGACAGCAGUGCCAAAGGCUUUGCGCAGAGUAGUCGUCUAGUCUAGCGCAGUAAUCGACCAAUGAGGACGUCUCGCCAAAGGAAGUGAUGUAAAGGACAGAGCUCAGAGGAAGUCUGGUAACAGCUUUUUCACUGGACAGUUUAACUCUUCACAUACAGUAUGUCAGCGCCUCAGCUGACAGACUGCUACUGAUGAUUGAGAGAGCUCAAUCACAGAUCAGACACCACAGGUUCCAGAUGAGGUUAAAUAUUAGAAAUCGGAAGAAGUCAGAUCUGAAAGAUAAUGUUUUAUGUUUUUUGAGUGCCAGUACUCAUUAAAAUAUUUCAAAUAUGUAAAUAAAUCAAUAAAACAGUUCAGUUUCUGUAACUGAAAGGGUUGAAACAAGUGCCCUGUCGACCUGCAGUCUGACAACUAAACUGGAUGAAACUCGAUUUUUCUAAAACUGGAAUCGCAUCAAAUCGGUUUGACAAAUAUUAUUCUAUAAUGUUUUGUUUCAGUUAUCAAUCUAUCAAUCAAUAUGUUUGAUUUGAUAAUGAUUAACUAAUCAGCUCAGUAUUUAAACAACUGUUAUUUCUGUUCAUUUUUAUUUGUUCAAACUGACUGAAAUAAAUGUUUCUUGUUUGUCGAAAGUCACAGUUUUCACAUCAGAGUUAAAAUGAUCAAUCAGCAGGCAGAGAUCAUUUGAUGGUAUAAAUCAGUAUCAGUCUGUCUGCUCGUCAGUAACAAAUAUCAGAGGUUUGAGGUCAUUUAGAGACUGGGUUACAGAGUUUCCACUGGAAAACAUCUGAUAUCAGAAUAUUUUUUUGUGUUGAAACCACUAGUUCUAAUGUGAAAACUGAGCUUCUGUGAUUUAUCAGUCGGGAUGUAUUUCAGGUUCACUGGCAAACUGACCUGAGAUCAGUAUUACAGCUACGAUGAAUUAUACAAAACUCAAUCAUCGAUUAUGUAAACAUUUUUGAAAAGAAAAUAUAAAAUGGCUGCUGCGGACAACCCUUCCUGUCGCUUGAAGAAGUUUUAAAGACACUGAAAUCAAACAUUAACGUGGCGCCCACCAAGGGCCUGUUCAGACCUGUGUGACGUUCCUGUGUUAAAAACUGCAAAAGUUAGACCAUUUAAACGUCACAGUUUAAACUUGACACUGAAGUUUAAACAGAAGAGCCAACUUUGUGAACAUUUAAACUGUAGCUGCACAGGUGUAGCUCUGCCAUCUGCUGAUGUUAGCCCUGCCCCACUGAUGUAACUAACCCCGCUGGCCCUGCCCCUUGCUUGCUGAUCAAUGAUCAUGCUAUUGAUUGUGUGAAAUGUGAAAUUCUUUUAUUUAAUAGUGAGAUAUUGUUAUUUAUUGAUUUUUUUUUCUACUGAGAUAUGAGACUGCUGACCAUGCUCUUUCCAAUUCCUGUGUGUUAAACUUUCAAAAUAAAGUACACUCGUAAUGAAA